GACUAAACUGAAGUGAACGGGAGGGGGUACCAGCAAACCCGGGGAAGGUGCAACUGCCAGUGGCAUUUGCUCACGCCUCAUCGGUGCUCGCCGUUGCUCCGGCGCCGGCGGCGCUUUCCUGGCGUGCCUGUUUCCCUAAGCUUCGUCAGCAGGGAAAGAAACAGGUGACAAGCUGCUAUUUCUGUAUAGAAGUGAAUAGCGCUACACGUUUCUUUAAUUUCUGGACGAAUGUGCUACACACUUCUUGAGGUCUUGGCAAUGCAAGCAGGUCGUCAACAUACCCACCAGAUGAAAGUGACCGCCAGCAUGGGCCCCGUAUUGACAUCACUUAUGGAUCUUUAGUUCUGAAACCACUCCAUCAAAGGAGAUUCGGUGGGAAUCCUUCUUUUUUGUUGUUUUAGCAGUAUGGGAACGGUUUUGGAUGCUCUCACUUCGAAAUUCGUGUCAAAGCUUGGUGAAAUUCUCAUAGCAGGAUGAGUGAAAAAGGAUAUCAAGAGGCUCAAGAUAAAUCUGGAGCAUUUCACUGCUGUUCGCGAGGAUGCUGAAGCUCUAGCCAUUGAAGAUGGAGGGACAGCAUUAUGGUGGCAGAACAUAACCGAUGCUAUGUUUGAUGUGGAUGAUGUCAUAGAUUAUUUCAUGGCUCAUUCACCGAAGCCUUCACCGCCACCUAGAUCGGUACGAUGUGCUCAGUUCCUUUUCUCAUGUUUGGUAAAUGUUUCAUUUGAUCAUAAGGUUGCUAAAAGAAUUAAGGACAUAAAUGGAAAGCUUAGUGAAAUUAAAAUGAACAGAGAUAUGUUCACCUUGGAUAUAGGAAAUCGUCAACACUUCCGAGUAACGGAUGUCGAUAGAAGUCAGACAUGUCCCAUAGAUGAACUGGAGGUUGUUGGAAGAGAUAUUAAACAGGCUGCUGAUGAGUUGGUCAAAAUGAUUGUAAGUACCUGCUAUGAGAACAGAUCAACUAUUUUUGGGAUUCAAGGGAUGGGCGGCAUCGGUAAGACAACAUUAGCCCAGAAGAUAUUUAAUGACCAGAGGAUAAGGGAGAAAUUUCAAGUUCAUAUAUGGCUGUGUAUUUCUCAGAGCUACACAGAGAUUGGUUUGAUAAGGCAAGCAAUUAGAAUGGCUGGAGCAACAUGUGAUCAACUUGAGACAAAGACCGAACUUCUUCCGCAUCUCAUGGAUACAAUCAGAGGAAAGAGUGUAUUUCUUGUGUUGGAUGAUGUGUGGAAAUCUGAUGUUUGGAUUGAUCUUCUUCGAUUUCCUUUUGAAAGAGGCUUGAAAUCCCGUAUCCUUGUCACCACAAGACACCUUGAUGUUUUAGAAGAAAUGCAGGCAGCAUAUGCUCAUAAAGUAAACAAAAUGAAUGAUCGUGAUGGCCUAGAACUCCUUAUGAAGAAGUCCUUUAGACCAAAUGAACAAACAAGUGAUUUUGGUGAUGUUGGGUAUCAAAUAGUAAAAAAAUGCGAUGGUCUUCCUCUAGCCAUCAAGGUUGUUUCAGGUGUCCUAGCUACUAAAAGAACAAAGGGAGAAUGGGAGAACAUCCGAGAUAGCAGAUGGUCUGUUCAUGGACUUCCCAAAGAACUAGGAGGUCUCCUGUACUUAAGUUAUAGACACUUACCCCCACAACUUAAGCAGUGCUUUCUUUGGUGCGCUUUGUUGCCGCCGUAUUUUGAGAUUCAGCGUGAUGAUGUUGCUUACUGGUGGGUCGCUGAAGGCUUUGUAAGAAAAGAGGACAGGUAUCCAAUACAUGAGAUUGCUGAAGAGUACUACCAUGAGCUAAUUAGGAGGAAUCUUCUACAGCCAAUGCCAGAAUUUGUGGACAAAGGUGGAUCCACGAUGCAUGAUCUUUUGAGGUCACUAGGACAAUAUUUGACAAGGGAUCACUCCUUAUCCAUGAAUGCUGAAAAUAGCAAAGCCCUACCAAAUUUGCGUCGCUUAGUAAUCAGUAGUGAUAUAGAAGAAAUACCUGCUAUAGAAGAGCAGAAGCGCAUGAGGAGCCUCCUAAUUUUCAAUAACAAAAAUUUCAGAUUAGUCAACAAAGAAAUCAGAAGAAUUGAGCAUAUCCGUGUUUUAGUUCUAACUGGAACAGGCAUCCAUAACUUACCAGAAUCAGUGGGAAGAUUGGUACUGUUGAGGUUGCUAGAUCUAAGCUUUACAAAAAUUAACAACCUUCCAGAGUCCAUUGGAAACCUUGUCAGUCUUGAAUACCUAAAAUUGUAUGGUUGCCAUAAGUUGACCAGCCUGCCAACUAGUUUGGUGAAGCUAUCUAACAUAAGCUUUCUUCAUCUAGAAAGGACUGCAAUUGAGCAUGUUCCUAGAGGAAUCGAGAAGUUCCAGCAGCUCUACAACCUUAGAGGAGUCUUUGAAAGUGGUACUGGGUUCAGAUUGGACGAACUACAAUUUCUCCCCAAUAUCCAACGUCUCGUCGUUUUGAAGUUAGAAAAAGCAACACCAAGGGGCGUGCUUGUGCUGAAAAAGAGUCAUAAUCUCAGAGAACUGCAACUGUAUUGCACAAUGGGAUCAGGUACUCAUGAUAGAACUCAUUACCAGGCCUACGAAAUUGAGAGAAUUCAGCAGGUCUGUGAGAUGCUUAGUCCAUCAGAGAGUCUGCUCUAUAUUUUCCUCCAUGGAUUUCCGGGGGUAAGGUUCCCAGAAUGGUUGUGUUUGGAGCCAGAGCAAAAGCUGCCAAAUUUGGCUCACAUGCACCUCAAUGAAUGCAUAUCAUGUUCACAGCUUCCACCAGCAGGUCAGAUGCCAGAACUACUUGUUCUUCAGAUUAAAGGUGCAGAUUCAGUAGUGAAUAUCGGUGCAGAACUCCUUGGCAAAGGUGUGAAAAAUGCAGCAGCCUUUUUCCCAAAGCUCGAAUUGCUUCACAUCUUUGACAUGUGUAACUUGGAAAGUUGGUCCCUGAGUCCCAAUACAGAAAAUUUAUAUGACCUGAUGCCUUGCCUUAAGCGUCUUUUUCUCCUUGAUUGUCCAAAACUCAGAGUCCUCCCUGAAGAUCUGGGUAGAAUUGUCAAUUUAAAAAGAAUUCACAUUGAAGGUGCUCAUAAUCUGGAAGAAGUUGUGAACCUUCCUUCAGUCGUGUGGCUCAAGGUCAAGAAUAACAGAUCUUUGAGGAGGAUCUUCAAUCUUUGUAAGUUGCAGGACUUAUUUGCCCAGGACUGCCCAGGACUGGAUCUGGCUGACAACCUAAGCUCACUGAAAUGCUUGUACAUGGUUGACUGCCCGAAUGCACAGCAUUUCAUCAAGUGUGUCUUGAAAGAAGAAGAAGAUAUCCAAGUCUAUGUUGCAACACUUGGUGCAGAUGGCCGCGAUAUCUUUCCAGAUGAGUCUAUAUAUAAUUAGAAAGGACCAGAUCUCAGCAAGAUUAUGAUGGUGAUGCUCAAGCUUUGGAUCGAUCAUUGGCUUUCCGGAACCAAGUUCUCAGUUUCAGGAGAAGCUUUAGUUGUGUUUUGUAGGCGAAUGGGAAUUUUUGGUGUUUGAUGGAUUUUGUUGCUCACCUCUUUAUUGGCCCCUUUGUCAUGUCUUUUUCUGGUGUGCCUAUAUGGCCACUUAAGGUGUUUUUGUAUUAUUUUAGCAUGCUGAAUCUCCUGUCCUAGCAUUUCAGUGUCUCGAUAGAGGAAUUCGAGCUGAAUGUAAUGUUCAUAAACUUGUGGAGAAGCAUUAGAUCUCUGAA